AGGUAUUUCGGUUCACCGUGGAUCGCCUAUUUACCAGCCCAUUCACCCCAGCGAUGGAGGGGAAGGUAGUGAGCGACCCACAACGGCUGAGAAACAGGCGCCAAUCCAGUUCAGCGCCGCGCUAGUUGACCCCAGUCAGCGAUGCACGGACAAUGACCAAGAGGUCGUUGACCUGAAUACGAUUGAAGACGAUGAGUAUGGAAAAGCGUACGAGAAUUACACCGUGGAGCAUAAUCCUCUCAACGACUUUUACGAUGGCUACCCCGUAUUUAUGCCGGACGAGAAUUUAAUAUUCAUAAAAAUCAACAAUUCUGUACGACGCAAAAACGAUAGCCUGGACAAUCGCAUCAUUGUCCCCGUCUACAUUUAUGGCGACAAGCACAUGGCACUUGUUGAUACCGGUGCAUCGCACUCAUUUAUUGACACGAAGAUCGUGAGCCAAUACAAUAUUGCUGUCAUUGAAGCAACAGGUCACAUUGAGCUGGCAGACAAAUCUAUUAUUAUGAGAAUCGGUGAGACAGAGAACGUUGGAGGAAGCGUUCUAUCCGCUCCAUACGAGGUCAUCGAACAGAAAUAUGCGAUUUCAAUCGGCAUGGAUCAUUUCUAUCGGUUUGGCUUCAGGAUUGAAGGUCUUCCUGAUGUGGAAGAGUCUACUCAUCGGUUACCGGAACCUGAAGAGGAUAGUAAGCCUACUCUCAAGCCUCUCAUGAUCCCUGACAUCGAGAAAGAACCUGAAUUUAUAGCUGCGAAAGAGAAAUUCAUGCGAGCUAUCAGGCCUAAACUGGAAGAAUUCCUCUGACAAGUCACUGCCCGAUUCCAGAAAUGAAAGUGUUUCUUCCCGUACCUGAAGGCACAGUUGUGUUUCGCAGGUCACGUCAC